CUUCUGUGUUACCGGCUGGCUGAGAGUCCCGUCUGACUGCGGAGUUGGGGGGCAGGACCCUCUGGCUGCCCCAGGACCCCGCCUGGGUGGACUCGCUGUGGGGGAAGCGCACGGAGGGGCAGGGGGGCUGGAGGCUCCGGGGUCAGACCCAGGAAGGGGGAGGCCGGGGGUGCUGUGUGUCCUGCAGACAGGCUGCUCCCCGAGGGGAGACUCCCCCAGAGCCCUGCCUGGCUUCGCGGGGAGCAGCUCCAGAGCGUCGCCCGGGGACCCCGGGACAGUAACACACACACGUCUGCGGACACACGGACACUAACCCACAUAUCUGUGCACACGCACGCACAAACGGACACAGUGGCACGAACGCACGCAAGUCUACACGCACACUAAGGUCACAGACACACAGUAACGCACACACACAUGGACACACUAACCACACCUACACAUGAAAUGGUUGCACACCCACGCACAUUGCAGAAAACCUAGAGCCACGUGCUCACAAGUACGCCCGGCAACAUCACGCAGUGAGACCUACGGAGGUGCAGACAGGCUAACCACCCCCCGCAGACACGCACCCCCUGCACACAGAAGUUAACCACACGCCUGCACCCCCACAGAGCCCGUGACACACACACACACGCUCAUGACACAAACCACAGAGCCCCGUGUGCAGAAACAUCCCCGCAGAGCAACGCAAAUGCACGGACACACGCCCGCACGUGCGUGCACAAGAAGACACAAAUGCGGCCGUGCAAACGCACCCCCCCCCCAGACACAGCCGUGCGCACUGCACUCUCCCCUCCAGCACCAGCGGGGGGUGCAGAGCCGGGGCAGAGGGUUGCGAUUUUGGGGCGCGGGGAGGACAGCUGGGCUCACCCCCUUCAGCAGGGGCCGGGUGCCCAAAGCUGCACCCACCUCCCCCCCCCACGUUAAUCUCAAAGCUCUUCCAGCACAGAGACCACCAGCUGGGACCAGGCUGGGGGGGAGGGGGCAGGGCCACCCCCAUUGCCCAAAUGGGGAAACUGAGGCCCGGGGAUGGGGGCAAAAUGAUGGGUGCACGCAGCCCUGUGGGGCUAGGGGCUGUGGAUUUGUGUGGGGGCCUGGGGGCGGAGCUUGCCACGGUGGCGGGGAGGGCUUUGGGCUGUGCGGGGGGGCUGGGAGGGGGGCAGGGCCCUGUGGGGCUGGGGGCCGGUGUUUGGCAGCCCGGGGGUCGCUCUCCCAUGUGGGUUUGGGGGACCGAAGGCUCGGAAACACCCGGCCCCUGGGCCCCACUUUCACUUUCGUUUCUCCACCCUGACGCCGGAGCCUGCACUGCGGGGAGUCGAGAGGCCUGAACCGCCCCCCCCCCGCCCGGGCUGAGGUGCUUCCAGCAGACUCCUUGCCGCUGUGUCUCUGCCGGUUCCCAGGCCCCGUGGGUACGACCCCCCCUCCCCCGCCCUUUGCCGUGGCGUCAUGGCCUCGGACGCCCCGUCCCUCUUGGACGCGUUAGCCACCGACUUCCUGACCUGCCCCAUCUGCCUGGAGCGGCUGCGCGGGCCCAAGAUCCUGCCCUGCCUGCCUACCUACUGCCAGGGCUGCCUGGAGGGGCUGCUGGGCGAGGGGCCGGGGCUGCGGUGCCCCGAGUGCCGGGAGGACGUGUCCCUGCCGCAGGGGGUGGCCGGCCUCAAGACCAACUUCUUCGUCAACGGGCUGCCGGAGCUGCUGCGGCCGGUGGGCGAGGCGGGGCUGACCUGCGCCCUGUGCCCGCUGAUCGGGCAGGAGGACGGCCGCCCGGCCGUCUCCCGCUGCCUGGACUGCACCGACAGCCUGUGCCAGACCUGCGCCGCCGGCCACCGCUGCUCCCGGCUCACCCACGCCCACCGGCUGGCGAGCCUGCAGGGCUACCUCUCCGGGGAGCACGACGAGGAGAUCCGGCAGCGCCAGGCCGUGCGGUGCCCCGAGCACCCGGCCCAGGAGCCCUGCGCCGGCCCCAUCUGCCGGGAGUGCCGGCUGGGCCCGCACCUGGAGCACCCCUGCCAGACGCUGGAGAGGCGGCCCCGGGUGGCCGAGCUGCUGGCCGGCGUGGAGGAGACGGCAGGGCGGGCGGCCCGGGGGCGGGCGGCGCUGGAGGAGGUGCUGGCCGCCCUGCGGCGCCACGUGGAAGGGCGCGAGAAGGCGGCCGGCCUGCUCCGGACCGAGCUGGAGCUGCAGGAGCAGCUGGCCCGCGGCACGGCCGACGUCACCCGCAAGGUGCUGGCCCUGGGCCGGCCGCUGGAGAUCGUCUCGCUGGAGGCCUUGAUCGGCCAGCGGCUCGGCCGGCUCCGGGGCUUCCGCUGGGAGCCCCUUGGGGGGCCGCGCCCCCGGCUGGUCGUCCGCGCCGAACUCCAGAGCCUGAGCGGCCUCUUCCAGCUGGACCUGGGCGAGGCCGAGCCGGACGGCCGAGGGGAGGAGAGUGGCCAACAUGACGCCCCUGCCCCGCGGCCGCCAGCCCCUGCCCCGCGGCCGCCGGCCCCUGCCCCGCAGCCUCCGCUGUGCCGGCCGCUCCCCACCGCCCGAUUCUCCUGCAGCUUCUCGGAGGGGGUCCCCGGUGACCAGCACCGGCCCCGGAUCACGGGGAUUUGCCCCCUGGGCCCUAGGGAGCUGCUCCUGGCCGACGAGGAGAACCGCAGCCUCAAGUGCUUCUCGCUGCAGGGGGACUUCCGGGACGCCAUCCUGGUCCACGGGGGCGCGGCCCCCUGCAGCGUGGCGGCCGUGGGCAGCCGGGUGGCCUACACCGCCGGCUCCCGGCUCUACCUGGCGGAGCGGGACGGCGCCCUGGUCUGGCAGAAGGCCCUGCCCCCCACCCAGGCCAGCCACGCCAUCACGGCGGCAGCGGAGGGGGGCGCCGCCGUGGCUGUGAGCGUGGCAGGGCACCUGGAGGUCUAUGACGCCCGGGGGGAGCUGGUGGAGAAGAUUUUCCUGGACAGGCACGACUGUCUGGCCAUGGUGUUCGUGGCCGGCCGGGGCGGCCGCUACGUGGCCUCGGACUGGCAUGGGCGCAGCGUGGUGGCGUUUGACGGCCACGGGCAGCAGCUGGCGGAGCUGGGCGAGGAGCGGCUGGAGGGGUGCCAGCCGGGGGCCGUCUGCGCCGACGAGGGCCAUUUCUACGUGGCCCUGCGGGAGCCGAACAAGGUGAUGGCGUUCGGGCCGGGCGGGGAGGCGCUGGGGCCCUUCCUCACCGCCCGGCACGGCAUCGAGAGAGCCCGGGUGGCCACCGUCACCGGGGACAGGCACUUCGCCGUGGCGCUGAGCGACGGCACCGUCCAUGUCUUCCACAUCCAGUACCUGCGUCACUGA